CUGUGCGCAUAGAUAGACGCUGUAGAUGCCCUUACAGUUAUUGCCAAAGGUCCACGGCUGUGAUAUUUUCUGCAUGUAAAAGCUGGUUGUGGAGGCAGGGAGAGACGCAGCAGCAUGCAGCGGAGCGCAGUGGUCGUGGUGGCGGAUAAAACGAGCCUGAAGAGGCCGUUUAUUUUUGCAAACGCUGUGCAUAUGGCACUGUGCUUCUUCAUGUUGACGAUGACAGUCGCUUGGCACAGAGACCUCCUACAAACUGGCAAACUGGUGUCCACUGUUUCUGUAGUGAUAAUGUACGUGGUGGAGAUCAGCUGCCUGCUGCUCUCAGUGCUCGGUGUGGUUGGAGCCUGUAAAGGAAAGAGAUGGUGUUUGAUUCUGUAUGCAACUGGGAUGGCGGCAGCCAGUCAAACGAUAAUUGUUAGAACAGCACUAAGUUACCAAGAUGUUUAUGAGAAACGUGUGGCGCGUGAGGAGUCCAAGUUGCUCGCCAUGAUGCCCCUCAGUACAACCAGCAAAGCCAACAGGACCCUGCUGUAUAGUAUUCAACAGGAAUUCGAGUGCUGUGGUCUCAUUGAAGGCUACAAAGACUGGGGCUCUUCCAUCCCCGCCUCCUGUAACUGUCACUAUCCAGGGAAAUGCAUUCGACUACGGGGCAGCGCCACACUCGGAGCUCCGAAGAACCAGUAUGUUUAUCAAGAGCCUUGCCUACCAAUUUAUGUCUCUGAACUGAAGCUUGCGUUCUCACUGGCGAUGGCUGUACAGUUUGGAAGUGGAGUGUUUUGGGUGGUUCUACUCGUCAUGAGCAUCAAGCUGAUGGGCCAGAUAAAAAGGAAACAGGAGUUCAUGGCUCUUCUCCAAUCCAACAGAUACGUUCCCGGUGCCUUCUAGUCACCUUGUAUGUUUUGAUACACACUUCAAAUUACUGUAUUAUCAAGCAUACCUUGUUUGUAUUUGCACAUGUAAGCACAUUAUGUGGUAUACCAUAAGCUGGCCAUUUUGUGCCAUAGGAACAUAUGUUGACAUUAUAACUUUCUGUUAAUGCAUGUGAGUGAUAUGAGAAGUAAUGUACAUGCAUAGAUCAAUUUCAGAUUACUCCUUUUUUUGCCUUCCUGCUGUAAAAACAUUGCGAUUUAAUGAAACUAACCGUCUUUAUUAAUCAGCUCAUUUUCUUUGUCAUAUCUCUGGAAUUAUGUUCAAAGUGAAUAUUGUACCAACAUUAACCAGCCAUCUGUUUUCUCUGAGUAGCCGCAGCCGAUCCCGGCAUUUCAUUUAUUUAUUUAUUUAUUUAUUUAUUUUACAGUCAGUGUUGUCUUCUCUUAAUAAUAUUCAAUAUUAUUUCUCUCCAUUUCCUUCAUACCUAGAUACACCUCUGAGUCUUGGAAAGACGGAUAUUAACCUAACUGCAUCUACUGUAGCUAAAACUUUAUCAAUUAAUCAACUAAUGGGUUAACCACUUGUCGACUGGACCAACGUCUUUUAAACACAAAUAUUUAAAUAUUCGUACAUGUCUUAAGCUCACUCAUUGAAUUUUCAGCAUUAGAGCAACCAAUAAUCUUUGAACCAGUAAUAAUAUUAAUAAUAUUAUGUAGCACCUUUCUUAAACAGUGUUUACAAAGUGCUUUGACUGAAAUAUAAUCGUUUAUUUAUUACUGAGCAUUGUAUUUUCUUGGGUAAAUAAUCAGGUUGGACAAAGGAAUGAGACACAGCUCUCAGCGGGACAACAGGAUGUCUUGAUGCCUUGUUAUGCACAAUGUAUAUUUGAAACGUAAUCACUCCAUCCGGUUGUUCUUAAAGCACAUUGAGUGGGUAAAUGACGCCCACCGGGAGGAGAGCGGAUUUCGUUCGGUUGCACAUUCAGUAGACACGCAGUAAAAUCCUCAAUUACUUUGCCUCCAAAUUUUCAAUUUCAAGGUUUGGAGAGUUUUUGGCACGGCCGCUGCAGACAGGUUGUGAGAGGCUCUCGUAGGGAAACGUGUCACCAGUAAUCUUGCAGAGACUGAAGUGUCCCAACUGAUGCCACUCCCACCGAAGAAGCCUUUUACGCCACAUCACUCCGAAUAUGACUUGCUGCAUGAGCUGCUUGCGGUCGAGAUGUCAAACGAGUUUCAUCUGAAACAGCAGAUCCAAUGUCUACCUGUGCACUUUAACCAUUAAUGCCUAAUAUACAAUAUGUUCUUGCAAAGGAUGGUAUUUUUAUUUCUGUCAUACACUGUUUUUUUAUUUAUGGAAUGGACUGUAAGAUUUUGUA